AUGGAGUCGGACAACCCUAAAUUGAUGAAACUUCUUGUGUCUCAGGAACAAUCACCACCACGUGAGAAGGCUCCUAGCUCUGCAUCUUUUUCGACAAAAGAUGAGUUUUCUAUAUCCUCAGAGUCGAUAGAGGUAUUACAAGAUGAAGGUGUUCAUGAAGAAGAACUAAAGGUAGCACUGGGUAAGCUCACACGAAUGGGUGCUCGAAAUCAAAUGUGGAGGAAUAAAUUUGUCGGCUUCAACGUAAUUGUUGGUUAUUUAACAACGUACGCCACUUAUGCCAGAUUCUGUCAUUUCCUGGAUCAGUACGGACUUGGCUUCGUCAUAGCUUUCGUCACAUGUAUGUUCUUUAUUGGUCUUCCUUUGGUGUACUUAGAGAUGGCACUCGGACAGUUCACAACGCUGAACGCAGUCGCUGUUUUUAAGAGAAUCGCGCCUAUCGCUUCAGGACUUGGCGUGUCGAUGUUGUUUCUGAGUCUUAUCGUAGCGAUCGUGGAUUACUCGAUGCUGUUCUCUUUCAUUAGUGUUCUCGGGAAUGCUGUGCGGGUGGACACUAAUGAAAUGCCAUGGCAUCGCUGUUCCAAUCGAGCAGACGGUCCAGGAUGCAGACAACCCCAACCCUGUCCCAAGAUCUAUGAAGAAGACUUCUAUGACGAAGAAUCUCCUGUCGUACAAAACCAACAAGAUCUUACGUAUUUUUUUGAUAUUUCCGACUCAUCGGAUACACAACAUCCUAUGAAAUUAAUCGGUGACCAAUGUAUUCGACCGGAGUUCUACACAAUUUAUAAGUCCCUUCACAAAGAAAGAGUCCAGUAUCUACCUUAUGUUGCGACACAACGUUCCAUUCCAGCGCUAAGUUUUUUGCUCAACAAAGUAGGAAUGGAAGAUUUUGGUACGAUGGCGUUCCGCUACCCUUCAACUGAGGACAUUUUCACACAUUUCUUAAGUUGGUUACUUAUUCUAGUAGUAUCAGUGCAAGGAAGACCGUUUCUACUGAAGAUGUGCAUUGCGAUCACAAUUAUUUUCAAUUCGAUCAUGUUAACCGUGUUAUCUAUUAUGCUGUUUGCAAAAUUGGAUGCCUUCAUGGAAAUUGGAAGAAAACUUUCCCUUGGACCAGAUGUAUGGGCAACUGCUGUACUAGUGGUACUGAACACGUUGCGGGUUGGACAAGGUGGUCUAUUUUUUCUCGGUGCUCAGAACAAGUUCAGCAACAACCUUGCAGUCGAUGCCUUAGCAGUAACUAUUUAUUUGAUGUGUGCGAUCUUCUUGUACUCAACAGUGCAUGUGUUUUUGAAAGCAACUGGAGCUCCCUUCUUAUUCAAAGGUUCCAUGCGAGAUUACAUAUCUUUCCUGGACAAAAGCAGAAAGGAGUCGUUGUAUUCACAGUUCUUUGUUUAUUGGACCACAACUGCUGAACUUAUCGUGUACAGACCGUAUGAACCUUUUCUGCAGUUGGCUAUGUCCUGCGGGUACACUGCUCUUGUCAUUAAUAACAUCGCUGUUGUACUAGAAGUAGUGGCAUCGUCAUGUGUGACAUCACUUGACUUCCUUUCCGAUGAAGCUUCAACAAAGGCUAUCAUGAGAUCAGCCACCUUCCUUAUUGCGUUAUGUUCCUUCUUCCUUAACAGUGAGUUGGGCUUUGCAACAACAGUUACAAUCGAAAAUACCGUUAUUCCUGCGGCUACAGCAUUUGUUGUACUGUCUGAGCUUAUUGUUGUCGGUGUUAUCUACGGAUUCCCAAGGGUUUAUGCGAACGUCUUGAGUAUGAGUAGUCAUGAGGAAGAAGACAAAUUAAUGCGACGAGUAUCGAACUUAUUUCAUCUCUAUUUUUGGAGGGCGUCGCCUUUUUUCAUACUUGCUUCGCUUCUGUACGCUUAUCCACAUCCUCCGGAUUCUAUGGGGAAGGCAGCAUGGUUCAUCAUAGUUCUCAUACUGAUGCCCACAGCGAUUGCUUGUUAUAAGGUUUCGCACUUCUUUAGUCGCAUUGGGAAUAUACGUCUCCUAUUUGUUCCCGAUUAUAAUCUAUGGGGACCGCGUAUGGCAGAUGACCGUGCAAAUGCAACUAGAAUAAUACGAAAGCUGCAAAUUCCCGUAGCAUGGUAG